UGACAGCCGGUUGUGUUUUGUUGGAGUAAACACAAACUCCUCCUCUCUCCGGUUGACAGGCGGCGGCAACAACCGACUGAGGCAUCGCUGCCUCGCCUUCUCCAACACAAUCUGGACUUAAUGUCGCUGCCAUCAAGGUGGUGAGCAGCAUCCCUGUAAGGCUCGCAGUGCUGCUCGGUGAGCUCCUUGAAGUGAACUCUCCGCUGCCGUCGCCUGGAUCCAGGGAUUGUCUCUCCUCACUGGGCUGUGAGAUCAGACCUCGCUCCCCCCCCCCCCACACCUCCAGCUUCUGUCCAACCUCUCACUGAAGACGACAACAAUGUGACUACUGGACUCCGUCAGAACCAUGUGACCUGCUGUUAUGGAUCUGAGAAUCAGCAUACAUUGAAUCAACACUCAUCCAGUCACAAUGGUCCCACUUCUGUUUUUGGUGGCGACAACAACAACACCUAAUUCCACCGGCAAUGGCAACCAUACAGAAGCAGGCGUUACAUCCCCCAGCCAGCACAUCCUCCCCACCGUGCUGGUCCUGUCCCUGCUGCUGCUCAUCAUCGCGCUGCUAGCCUGGUACUUCCUCAGGUUAAAAAACCAGAGAAAAGCAGUCGUCACCACAGUCGACAAGAAGAUACCAAAUGGCAUCCUGGAGGAACAAGAGUUUGGAUACAGUACUGAGUCGUUAUACACCACUGUGCCACCAGAGCAACAGACGGUGGUCCUUCUGCCCAGAUCCCCUUCAGCCUCUAAGACCUACUUCCCCAUCCCGGUGGAGCACCUCGAGGAGGAGUACAGGCUCCGCUCAGCCGACGAUGGCAAGCUCUUCAGGGAGGAGUACAACUCCUUGCCAGGGGGUAAUGCCCGCGGGACGUAUGAGGAGGCCAACAAAGACGACAACAAGGAGAAGAACAGAUACCCCAACAUCCUUCCUUAUGAUCAUUCCAGAGUGGUGUUGACUCAGCUGGAUGGAAAUCCCUGUUCAGACUAUGUGAAUUCUUCAUACAUUGAUGGUUACACGGAAAAGAACAAAUUCAUAGCAGCACAAGGUCCAAAAGAAGACACCGUAGCAGAUUUCUGGAGGAUGAUAUGGGAGCAGAAAGUAGCGACUGUUGUCAUGCUGACAAAUCUCAAAGAAAGGAAAGAAGACAAGUGCCACCAGUACUGGCCAGAUCAGGGCUGUUGGACCUAUGGGAACGUGAGGGUGGCAGUAGAAGACUUCACUGUCCUCGUGGACUACACCAUACGCAAGUUCUGCAUACAAUAUCAAGCCAGCGAUGCUGCUAAGACUCCCAGGCUGGUCACCCAGCUCCACUUCACCAGCUGGCCUGACUUUGGAGUUCCCUUCUCCCCCAUCGGCAUGCUCAAGUUCCUCAAAAAGGUCAAGGUGGUCAAUCCACCCUUCUCUGGGCCUAUUGUGGUGCACUGCAGCGCCGGUGUUGGGAGGACGGGAACCUUCAUCGUAAUAGAUGCCAUGAUCGACAUGAUUCCCGCGGAGCAGAAAGUUGAUGUGUUUGGGAUUGUCGCUAAGAUACGAGAGCAGCGCUCACAGCUCAUUCAGACAGAUAUGCAGUACUCAUUCGUCUACCAGGCCCUGCUUGAAUACUACCUCUAUGGAGACACGGAGCUGGACGUGUCGUCUCUGGAAGGACAUCUGCACAAACUGCACAACACCUUUGUAACCGGUGACCGGGUCGGCCUGGAGGAAGAGUUUAAGAAACUGACCAACAUGCGAAUAAUGAAGGAGAACAUGAGAACGGGGAACCUUCCUGCCAACAUGAAGAAGAACAGAGUUCUGCAAAUUAUUCCAUAUGACUUCAACAGAGUCAUUCUCUCCAUGAGAAGAGGUCAGGAGUUCACCGAUUACGUCAAUGCAUCUUUUAUAGAUGGCUACAGACAGAAGGACUACUUCAUUGCCACACAGGGCCCUCUGACACACACAGUGGAGGACUUCUGGAGAAUGGUCUGGGAAUGGAAAUGUCACUCCAUUGUCAUGCUCACUGAGCUCCAGGAGAGGGAGCAGGACAAAUGUUGCCAUUACUGGCCCGCAGAGGACUCGGUCACCUACGGAGAUUACACAGUAGAGUUGAAGGGAGACACUUUGUGCGACACCUUCAGUCUACGAGACUUGGUACUCACCUUUGUCCCGGAGAAGCAAACAAGGGUGAUCAGGCACUUCCACUUCCACGGCUGGCCUGAGAUCGGCAUCCCAGCCGAGGGGAAAGGCAUGAUCGACAUCAUCGCCUCAGUGCAGAGACAGCAGCAGCAGUCCGGGAACAAUCCCAUCGUCGUACACUGCAGUGCUGGUGCAGGGCGAACAGGUACGUUCAUUGCACUGAGCAAUAUCUUGGAGCGAGUCAAGGCAGAAGGCCUGCUGGACGUGUUCCAAACUGUGAAGAGUUUACGCAUGCAGAGGCCUCAUAUGGUCCAAACUGUGGAACAAUAUGACUUCUGCUACAGGGUGGUACAAGACUUUGUCGACAUUUUCUCAGACUAUGCCAAUUUUAAAUGACGAGAUUUGCCUUAAACAUGGUUUUUAAUGUUGUUUUCUAAAGCCGGUUUGUCAGUUUUAUGUGUUUCGUUAACUUGGUCAAAUGAUCUAUUUUGCUAUGCACUUGUCCUCCAUUAACUCCAUCCUCGCUGUAAUAUACUGUAUGUCAGUGGACGAAAAAUUGUAAAUGAAAAAAGUUAGAUUAAUAUUGUAUAUUUCACAUCAUGUAUGAUAAUUAUUUUGUCAUGAAGUGUUUCAAAGUUGGUCUCUUAUUUCAGUUUUGUUGUAUAAUACUGUACUUUAAAUGUUUAUCUAAGUGUUAUUUUGGAUUGACAACGUAAUAUUUUUAAAAGUUGUAGUUAUUGUAAAUGUAUUUAUGUAUUGACGAUGACAUUCCAAUCUUGAGUUUGGAGAACACGACGGGAAUGUUACGAUUUUUUUUUUUUUUUUUUUUUUUUUUUAAAUGUAAGCAUACAGUACAUCAUUUCAGUUAUUAAUGACUUCUAUCUGAGAUUAGAGGCAAUAUUGAAACUACAUGCCCAUCACGAAUGUGAUACUCUUUCCAAUGGAAAUAUUGUCAGAAAAAGAAUGAAUCACUUCAGCCAUAAUGCAGAGAACAUAACGUUAUGCAACAGAGGCCAAGAUCACGACACGGGUUGAUUUCCGAUAUGGAUUCAGGCAGAAGUUUCACAGUUAGACGUAUCACAGUCAUAUAAUACCAUUAAACUGGUUUUGUACCUCAAAAACGUGGUAUGCAACUGCAUUUAACAUGGAUGUAACAGUCUGCCUUUUGUCUGUAGACAGCAAAAAGUAUUUUGCUAAAAUGACUGCACAUUAAAAAGCACAUAACUAAGCCUUUUGCCAAGAACCUGCAAUAUUCAAGUUUGCUUUAUUUGUAUUAUAGAUUUUUCACAAAUCCGUGCCAUAUGUACUUUUUUAAAACAUGGAAAAGUAGAACAACCCUGAGGUGAAGGCUGAUUAUUGAAAGGUGUGGCCGCUAAAUGCAGUAGAGUCAGUAGGAUUUCAUGACAACCUGUAUCAGAUGCAUAGUUAACACACAAAAGUAUUUAAAGUGUAACAUUAGAAGAGUCCUGUAAUGGCAAAAACCACAAUACACGUGUGGUGCUUCAGUGCCUGCUUAAUGCCAGAGCAACAAAAAACACCCCAUACUAUCAAUAUUCAGUUACUUUAUAUCUUGUAGAGUACAUGGGUUCAUUUUUUCUCAUAGGUCAAAAUGAGAGAGCAGAAUGUUUCAUAGAAAAGUAUCUAAUGGUAGUUUAAUUCAUAGGAAAGCAUCUGAAUGUGAAACAGCUUUUCUGUGCAAUUCUUCUGCGGCAGAAACCCCCACCCACCUGGUACUCCAACAUUAAACCAAACAUUUGAAAUAAUUUGACACAGAUCUGCUUUAAUCCUCAAUGAAAUGUGUAAUUUUGUUAAUGCUGUAUGUAAAUACUACAUGACAAAGUGCUAACAUUGUGAAAGUGGCUGAGCAGCAAGGAACUGUAAAGUGAUUGGUCAUUUUUGUGUGCUCAUCUGUCUGUGGGAGUUGUGAGUUGCAGUACAAGAGACUUGACAAAACAACCUAAGUCUUUUUUUCCCAUGGCUUCUUUUCUGUUUAUGCCUUUCGUUUUCAGAAUAUUGAGUCCGUUUAGACUACAGCUCUUUGCCUUUGCUCUCUGUGGGUGGUCUAUCCAUUUUUGGAUUCUCAAUGUCUUUCAAAUGCAAGUUGCAAUAUUAAAUUCAUCUGAAAAGGC